AUGGCUGCCCCCAUGCUCGAGUUCCGCACACAAGGCUACAACCCGUACGCAGUCAAAUACUCACCCUACUACGACUCGCGCAUCGCCGUAGCAUCCUCUGCCAACUAUGGAAUCGUGGGAAAUGGUCGGCUAUUCGCACUUGGUCUCUCGGCCCAAGGAAUCCAGAUCGAGAAAACCUUCGAUACGAACGAUGCACUAUACGACCUGGCAUGGUCCGAGAUUAACGAGAACCAGCUCGUGACGGCCUGCGGCGACGGGUCGUUGAAGCUGUUCGACCUGGGGGUCAAGGACUUCCCCGUCAUGAACUUUCAUGAGCACAAGCGCGAGGCCUUCUCGUGGUCCCCCACGCGCAACUUCUCCGUCAAGACCCUCCCGGUCGGAAACUGCACAUACAGCACGUCAUUCUGCCCAUCCAACUCGGCGCUGAUAUCGGCCGUCUCGUCUGACUCCCACCUCCGGAUCUAUGACCUCCGCACCCCCUCGUCGGCAAAAUACCACCUCGUCUCGGCCAUACCUGUGCACGGGCUCCCGGUCGGGGGCCAGCCCUCGGAGAUUCUCACCCACGACUGGAACAAGUACAACACCAACGUCGUCGCUACGGGCGGCGUAGACCGCAUCCUGCGCACCUUUGACAUUCGCUCGUCCGGCGGGCCCCUGGCCGUCAUGCCGGGUCACGACUACGCCGUGCGUCGCCUCGCCUGGAGCCCACACUCCAGCGACAUGCUCCUCAGCGCUAGCUACGACAUGACGGUCCGUCUGUGGAACGACGGGUCCUCGUCCGCCGCCGCCGUCCAGCAGCCGCCCAACCCGGCCGCGGAGCCCACGCCCGGCGUACAGAUGGGUGUCAUGAAUCGCCACACAGAGUUUGCCACCGGUAUCGACUGGUGCCUCUUUGGCAUGGGCGGAUGGGUCGCCUCGGUAGGAUGGGAUGAGCGCGUCCUCUUGUGGGAUUCUAAGAUGCUCAUGGGGAGACGGUAG